CCGACAUCAAUUAAAAUGUACUUUUUCUUUUGACUUGUGCUGUCCAACAAUUCAAUACAUCGAAAUGGUUCAUUACGAUAUCCUUUCUUGUGAUUCUCCGUCAGGUUUAGGAUGCAGCUAGACAUUAAAACAAGACACAAUGAAACUUAUUGAUUGAUUUUGACGCAGGACUUGGUAAUAUCACCAGUCCUCUCUGUAGCUGGCCAACGGAAUGCAGUUUGUAGUUUCGAAAUUGGUAGCGUCUGAAACUUUUUAAACGAAGGUCGAUCAGGCUUGGCAACCCUCCAACAGCUUGCUCGACAUAACAACAAGCAAAGUACAUAACGUUGACUCCAUCAGCCAUACAGAUGCCAUCAUUACAUAAAAGAUCAGAGUGAAAAUGAAAAUCAUCACCAGUGUGUUUGGGAAAUGUAUUCGAAAAUCUUUUCUCUUCGGUCUGCCCCUCUCUUUUUUUUUUUAAAUUAUUUGUCUCCUCUCUCAUUUUUUCCUCCACAGAAUCACUCAAUCACGAUGUGGAACCAAGGCGAUCACGACAAACCGAAAAUCAACAAUGACCAGUCUGACGACGAGGACGGACAUUCGGGCGAGUAUGUCAACCCCGCUUUUGAGCUGACGUCAAUGCCCUCCUCAUCACGAAGUCCAUUAUCAGGUCCGCAGUCAAUAGAAGCUAGAGACGAAACGAUGGAUGAUGACGGAAGAUCGAUGUCGACGGCGAUGUCGACGUCCAACAAGAUACGGUUCAGCAAGCAUGGUCUUCAGCUGCAACCAGUCGACGACGAGAGCGUCUACGGAAAGAGUUCGACGUCGUCGAGUGACGCCAUGAGCGAGAUCAGCGACCAUACGCGUUCUACCGUGUCACUGAAAGUCGUUAUCGACUCCAACGUCGACGGCCACCAGAAGACACCCCGCGAUCACGACGAUGAUUUGGCUGUCGAACCCGAUCAUGCCAAUUUCAUGAAUAGCAAGUUGUCGUUUCUCGACACCGGCAAGGAACAGGGUGACGAGAAAAGCGUCAAAGGCGGUUUCCUUGGCAACGUCAAGACGAAGUUCCCGAAGAGGAAGAGAAAUAAGCUUGGAAGGGUCACUUCACCGAUACUCAUGUCCAACUUAGUCGAUUCUGUCAGGAGAGGCGAUUUGGAGAACAUGAAGGAUCUGCUGACCGAAAACAGCUCAUUCAACUUGAGCAAGUUGGAUAAGAGUAAUCUGGCUCUUCUUCACUACGCGUCUAUUCAAGAUCGAGAUUUCAUUGCAAGAGAACUUCUGCAACGAGGCGCAGACGUUGACGUACUCAACCUCGACAUCAAGGCCACACCCCUCCACGCUGCUGCUCGUAUGAACAGCGUCAACGUCGCCCACGUCCUCCUCGCACGAUGCGCCGACAUCGACAGGAAAACUUCGACUGGUCUAACUCCACUUCAUAUCAGCGCUCGACGAGGGCAUAAGGAGAUGACGAACAUUCUACUUACAUUGGGCAGGGCAGACGUACACGCACGAGACGCUGAGAAUGGUACGGCUCUCCAUCUGGGUGCUAUGAGCGGAAACAUUGCAGUCUGCAGGUUACUGGUAUGA